AUGUCUUCAAGUGAUACUGCUGGGAGUGAGGGUUCGGGCCGCAUUUUUGUGGGUGGGCUUCCUUAUUACUUCACAGAGGAACAAGUCAAGCAACUCUUGGAGUCAUCUUUUGGUCCUUUAAGAUGUUUCAACUUAGUUAAAGAUAGGGAAACAGGAAACUCAAAGGGAUAUGCGUUCUGUGUUUACGAAGAUCCUUUAGUGACUGAUAUUGCUUGCGAAGCUCUAAAUGGGAUUAUGAUAGAAGGUAACACACUUCAAGUUAGGCGUGCAGGCUGGAAUAUGAUAUCAAUGUAG